GAGGACCACCACGGGAUCAUGGCGGCCGAUUGGGCUCAGACGCUGGGCUUCCAGCAGGCCCUGCGGCACGAGGAGGCCGCCCGGGAGGAGCUGGCCGCCGAGGUGGCCGAGCUGCGCGACGCGGAGCGGGCGCGGGCGGAGGAGGCCGCGACCCUGCGGCAGGACGCCGCCCGCUGGCAGCUCCUCUGCAAGCCCGGCGUGGCCGAGGAUGCGGACUCUGAUGAAGUGGACAGCGUGCUCGAGGUGGCCAUCCCCGCCACGGCGAGGCUCCACAGAGAAGCAAGGAUUCGCGGCCGGACCGCCCGCAUGCAGCUGCGGGACGAGCUGGAGCAGCAGCUAUGCGUGGUGUGCAAGGACAGGAAGAAGGCCGUGCUCUUCCGGCCGUGCCUCCACGUGUGCGUCUGCGAGACCUGUCGGACGAGGCUGCGGCCCUACAGGUGCCCCAUAUGCAAGGA